AUGUCACUUCCAACAGAAAAAUUAGCAACAGGAACGGAAACAUCAGCAUUUACACAAACAUUUACUUAUAAUACAUUAACUGAAUCAAAGAAACAGAUUGAGGAUGAAAUUGCAAGACUUGAGAUUCAUCAGGAUGAUAUAAAACAGGCUUUAAAAUCAUUCAUAUAUGAUCCUAAUUCAUCAAAGGUAGUAACCCUAAUAUUUUCCAGUAGUAUGUCUAAAACCGGACUCGAUGAACCUGAUUUUGUGAAUCGUAUGUUUCAAAGUAGUGCGUCUCUUGUACCACUUAAGAAACUAAUUCUACAAGUAUUGGUAAAUGAUUAUGUUUUGGAUAAAUUUGGUAAAUUAAAAUUCGACCAUAUUUUUAAAGUUGAUGAAAUAAUAACGACCAUUCAUAGUAAAUUAGCGGAAAAUAAAGUACUACUACUAUCUAUUUCAAAAAAGAAGGGCAGUCACUGUAUGUCUAAUAACUUUGCACUGGAAGAUGCUGGAAACAAGCGGUUUUCGUUAUCUGAAACUAAAAUCUUGGGGCAACAAGAAAAUAAGAGAAAACGCUUUUCCGAGUACUUUCAGGUGGUGUACCUUGCGUGGACAUUUUGUAAGAGUUUUCUGGCCACUAAAACAUUUUCGCAUUUUGAAUUCCUAGACGUCGAAAAGAUCGCCCAACUCAAGUUCUACAAGUCUAGAUCACUCCCAGCUCGCUAUCUCUCCUGGUUCAGGAGUUAUAAAGGUUUUCCGCGGACAUGCCUAUCUCUGUCCGGACGCGGUGGAGAACCUGGAAAAGUGUUGAGACAUAGAUAAUCGAAUGUGCUGAUUAUCGUGGCAAUGUUUGUUUUGGGUUAACAUGAAAGUCGAGGUCGAUAGGAGCUUAUUUCGCAAAAACCGAGUUUUUGCUUAUGGACCAUAGAACUUCAAAUUGACGUGAUUCAGUCAUUUUACAUUCAAACUGGCUCGAAUUUUCAGGAAAUACUCUAACCACGUUAUUGAAAUGGAUUGAAUCGU